AACCUCACUUAUCUGUCAUGUGAUUAAAUUCCCGUCUGACCAGAUGCUGGAGAGUAUGUACUUAAAGUACAUUUUGAUACAAUCUUAGUUUACAUUAUGGCUAAACAUUAUUUAAGGUUUCAUAUAACAUUGUUGACUUUUCUUAUUAUACGUUGCUGUAAAGGAUCAAAUGUUGGAAACUCCUUAAAUGAUGACCUGCUGUUGCCCUACCCCCUGUCACAGGGACAUGGGCCUCAACACAACAACAGAUACGUGAGAGACUGCCAGCCUGUCAUUCAUGGCAAUGUGACUUAUGAAACCUGGACCAGUGAUAAAACUGCUGAUUUUCCUGUAGCUACUACCAAAGUAUUUGUAUCAAAGUUUCCCGUUGCAGAUGGGACAGUAAAAUCAGUCUAUGGCCAUAUGACUGUUGUAAGAAACCCUCUGAAAACAGUAUCAGUUUUGGAACCUGGAGGACCUGAAGGAUGUACCAAAAACCUUACUGCUACAGUAGAAGAAACGGCAAAACCAAGAAAGUGCCUGGUUGCCCAGAACGGCGGCUUUUUUAACACCCUCUUAAAACAGUGCCUUGGAAAUAUUGUGAGCGACGGGAAUUUGGUUCAAAAUAGCAAAGGAAUUCAGAAUGCUCAGUUUGGGAUCAAGAAGGAUGGUACAUUGGUCUUUGGUUAUCUGUCUGAAGAUGAUGUCCUCGAUGAGAGGAAUCCUUUCGUUCAGUUAGUAAGUGGAGUGGUGUGGCUCCUCAGAAACGGGAACAUUUACAUUAAUGAGAGCAAAGCUGCAGAAUGCAAGAAGACUCAGGAGACUGGGACUUUUGACAAAUUUGUUGAUGUGGUGUCUGCAAGAACUGCAGUUGGACAUGACAGAGAAGGACGGCUGAUUUUAAUCCAUGUGGAUGGACAGACAGGUGACAGAGGGAUAAACCUGUGGGAGAUGGCGACAUUUUUGAAAAGUCUUGGAGUUGUUAAUGCAAUUAAUCUUGAUGGUGGAGGGUCUGCCACUCUUGUUUUAAAUGGAUCUCUUGCAAGUUACCCAUCAGAUCACUGUACUGAUGAUCCCAUGUGGCGUUGCCCUCGAAAUAUAUCCACUGUCCUGUGUGUGCAUGAGCCGCAGUGUGACCCUGCCAACUGCAGUGGACAUGGUCAGUGUCUUCUGGGAGAAUGCCAAUGCACAUCCAACUGGAAAGGUCCUGCUUGUAACCUACUUGAAUGUGAACCUGCAGGCUGUGGCUCCCAUGGCAUGUGUACUGCAAAUGGCUGUGUCUGUGAUGCUGGAUGGAUGGACCCUAACUGCAGCGAGGUUUGCCACAGGGGGUUUUAUGGUGAUGGCUGCAACAAGACAUGCUCCUGUGAGAAUGGUGGUACUUGUGACCAUGUCCAUGGGUCCUGCACCUGCCCGCCUGGUUUCCAUGGACACUUCUGUGAACAAGAAUGUCCAUUCGAUUUUUACGGGCAAGACUGCAAACAGCAGUGCCAGUGUGAGAGCACGUGCCCCUGCAACCCUGUGACAGGAAGCUGUAACAUCACAUACCAGGGCGAAACGAACAGGACCUUGCACAGAGCUGUUCACUGCCUGGCCACCCACAUAUUUGAGUCAUGGAAGCACAACGUUAUUUCACAAGAACAAACUUAUUUUUCACAGACAACCUGGAUAAUUAUCACAGCCAUCUUGGGGCUACUUUUGCUAACCAGUACCAUUGGCAACAUGAUCUGGAUUUAUGGAAAAUGCAGGCAUGAUAAUGACACCUCCCAUUCUCGGAGUAAUUACUCCUACCAUCCUCUGAAUGAAGUCAGUGAAAAGUUAAACUGUGCAGAAAUCCCGGAGCCAACCUCAAUGGAGUGGACUAACGGAAGCAUUCAAGAGUCUGUGGAUUUCUAUUGAAUUAUAUUGGAUUGGUUUUACAUGAGCAGCCUGCUGAUGAGCUGUUCCUUUAGGAAAAAAAAAAAACAUCUUCCACAUGAAUGUAAGCAUUGAAGAUACACUGGAACCAAAGCGUCUGAUUUUUACAAACAUAGUUUCAGUACGCCAGUAGAGGAGCACAAUUAAAAUGUGCCGCAGAAAAGUUCUUUUCAGCCCAAUCUGCCAAACACUGUGUAUGUAUAGAAUUAAGAACGUGUUACUGUUUUUCUUAUUCAUAAUUAUUAGUACUGGUUUACCCCAUGUACUUGUUUAAAAUUGUUUUUUUAUAAAUAACCUCUCGGUACGAACUUGGAAAUGACAGGGACUUUAAUAGAAACGGCUUCCUUUUUAAAAUGUCAAUGAUGUUUCCACAUAUGAAAGAGAUUAUUGCACUUUUACCCUGUAACUUGGGUGCAAAAGUUAGGAAUUUGACAAUGUGAUUCACCAGAGGAACAUUUUCAGGGGUGUCCAAUUGCAGCUAAACAAAAUGUUUUCAGAAAGCAUUGGUUCUAAAUAAAACCAUCAGUUAUUUCAUUUUGAAUGUAUAUUUUUAGUUUUUUUAUGUUUCUUUGUAUUUUAUUUAUUUUUCAAAAUAACAUACCUAUAUUUUAAUGAGAAUACACAAAGAGAUAAAGCCAUCCAAAAUUGAGGCUCUGUAGUUCAAGAAUAGACAUUUGCUCUUCGUGUCGGGAGAGUCUUGAUUUUCGUGGAAGAACAGCACACCCAGCAGCUGGGUAUUCUCUCCUUCAACAAGCAUCAUAAUUCUCUGAACUAACGCAGGUUGAAGCUCUUAUCCAGAAUAAUUCAACAGUCUUGCCUGUGUGAUAAUUAUGUAUAUUGCAUCCUCUCCAAAUAAUUGCGGAGGGUAACCUUACAGGCAAAAGUGAUCAUAGAAUCUUGACCGGAGUUGAAGGGCAUUCAUUUGUAGGUCCUGUGACUUCUGUAGCAGUGGCAUCUUAGUUUUUUCUCUGAACACCUUGUUUACAUGACAUUGAAAUAGUUUUACAUUGUUCUAUUUCCCGCAGUAUAUUGGGUGACACUGAAUUAAGACACUUAGAGUUAACAGUGGACUUAUAAGAAAGGAUUUACUUGAAACAUUCCAUUUUAGGGUCAACAUAAAGCACUUUGACUGUGUUUGUUAUUGAUCUCUAUUUGUUUGCUUUUAGUGUUAACUUUUGAGUGGGAGUUGUACAUGAAAUGUAAUUACCUGCACGGAACACUCAGUGUAUCUGUAAAAAGUGCGUACUUAUUUC